UGCCAGUUGGCCACCCGUACGAGUUCGCCGCACCUCGAGAGAUCACCUCAACUCCCUUCGCCCGCAACCCAGUGCUCGAAUCCUAUCUUAUCCCGUGCGGGAUCAUCGUCGUUCAACUGUUUCCCGACGCUAUGAUACGAUCACCGCACGUACAUUCGUCUGGUUGCGGUGGAAUCCGGAAAGCUAAGGAAGAAGCUGAAGUGAAACAGCGAUGAUAGCCAUGCGGAACUCAUGCUUCGAUCGCUGUGCCGACGCUGUGCCGACGCUCUAGAUUUGAUGAAGCCGCUGCAAAAUGCAAGGCGCGAAGCCCAGCGAAGAUUCCACGCAAUCGACUGUUGGAGAAUCCAUGGCCUGAGCACAACUGCGUCUCGGACGCUGUCACGGAGCAUUAGAUCAGGCGGCACAAUGCUGCCGGUCGAUCCUGGUCCGCAUAGUUCAUAGAACGUGGUACACUUCGCUGCUCGUAGGGCUGAUGCUAUGAACUCUCGAGGAAGUAAAAUUCAUGAACAAGCAAGCAACGCACGCUUUGCUGCACCAGCUUUUGGCGACGGAGGUGUGUGCUCUUGUCGCAGCUGGCCAUCCCCUGGUGAAUAACGGAAAGCCUAAUCUAUAACCUCAAGCUGAACUUCAUUCAACCUGAGCUUGUAUAUCAUGCAAUCAACACUGCAAUACUGUCCGAAAUCUGUCUCCUUGGACGCAGAUCCCGAGAUGGCAUCGAGAGCUUGACGCUAAGAAGAUCCAUUCCCACGUCUCUCCAUCUUUCGUUCCCGUCUGUUCCCUAUAUGUGCCCUCAAAAGACAAACGCGAUGGAGUCCCACACACCUCUCGGUGCUCCGCAGCUCCUCCAUCCACUCGUUCUUUGCUUGAGCUGAGAAUCGUGUCCCCUCGCCAUGGACGGCAAUUGUGAUCUGAGACUUACCCCUCCAAGUUCCUCCAACCGCAUCCUCGCCUAUCUUGACAGGGAUUUACCUCCACUACCACCAGCUCAAGACGCAGUUGCUGCUGCUGCUGCUGAUUCCCCCCCACGCUCUGUCAAAGUCCGAGGUUACAAUCAAACUCCUGGUCCUCCACUCAGGAUCACCUUCCCUGUUAUCGCUCCAGGGCCACGUUCAUCGUCUCUCCCUUCCGGCUCACGAAAUGGUCUCGUUGGACCACCCAAGCGUCUGCGCCCCGCCAAGCCGAACCUGCGCAUCGAUCUCACGCAGUCUCCGUUUCGUCCCAUCGUCGCCAGCCCACUCAUCGGGGAGGUAUCACCGGUGUCGUCCCAAUCUGACUGUUCGCACCUCAGCACCCCGAUCCUCCCUCCGUCGGCCGCAAUCUCUCUCGAGACACGAUUGUCCCCGUCCAGCCCGCCCCGCCGCACAAUCUCACUCUCCUCUAUCAUCCGCCACGUCCAGGACAAGUCGCGGCCCGGCAGCAGGAUCUGCAAGCGGAUGGGCCCCACCACGUCCACCCCCAUCAUAUCGCGUGGGAGCGAUCCUCCCCGAGGGAUUCAGGUCACCAUCGAGCGUGACGUGUAUGUCACCGUUUCGAGUCCGCCGUGCUCCGGUUGCACCAGCGAUGAGAUGGUGUCCCGCUUGUGCCCAGAUGCCGUGUUCUGCGAAUCACCCGUCGCGGGAUCCGCCGGGAAAGUGGACGACGGUGCCAGUUUCGCUGACGAAGACGACGACGACGGCUUUGUCUUCUAUCGUCCGGUCAUAUCGACACCGCGGCGGCUGCGGCUGCCCUCAUCCCGGGCAGAGCUUGUGGCCCGUUCUGACAGUGCUGAUUUGGAAAUCAGGAGGGUGACCAUUGAUGGGCGUCUUCGCGCUGCCUCUGAUUCGGUUGUGUCAAAGACUCCAUCCCGGAUCCAACUGCCACUGCGGAGGAAGCGUUACACUUGCAACAGACCGCAGAGCCAACUUGUUCCCGCCGGACCUCGGUCUUUGGGGAGAUGAUCACCGUGCACAGGAGUUGGUGGAUGAUGUUUUGGGUAUCCUAUUUAUUCUAGUACAGCCCUAAUCGAUUGCUUUCGCACGUUGUCAUUUCGAAAAUCAUGG